AUGGCAUUCGACAAAGGAGGUAGAGGUGGUGGUCGUGGAGGUGGUCGUGGUGGAGGCCGUGGAGGAGGCCGAGGUGGAGGUUUCGGUGGAGGCUUCGGUGAUAGAUCUGGUGGAGGCGGUAGAGGUGGUGGUCGUGGUGGAGGCCGUGGUGGUGGUCGUGGAGGUUUUGACAAGGGUGGUCGCGGUGGAGGUGGCCGAGGAAGAGGAGCACCAAGAGGUGGUGGUCGUGGAGGAGCCAGAGGAGGAGCAGCUGCUGGAGGAAAGAAGGUCAUUGUUGAACCACAUCGUUUCGAGGGAGUCUAUGUCGUCAAAGGAAAAGAUGAAUCCAUUGCUACACUCAAUAUGGUUCCAGGUGAAUCUGUCUAUGAUGAAAAGAGAGUUACAGUGGAAAAGGGAUUCGGUGAAAAUGUUCAAAAAGUAGAAUACAGAUUAUGGAGUCCUUUCCGUUCAAAGAUUGGAGCAGGUAUCGUUGGUGGUAUUGAGAAUAUCUACAUCAAACCUGGUACUAAAUUGUUAUAUUUGGGUGCUGCUUCAGGUACAACAGUAUCUCACUGUUCAGACUUGGUUGGUCCCGAAGGAAUGGUUUAUGGAGUUGAAUUAUCUGAACGAUGCGGUCGUGAUUUGAUUGAAAUGUCCAAGAAGAGACCAAAUAUUGUUCCAAUCAUUGAAGAUGCUCGUCAUCCUUUGAGAUACAGAAUGUUAGUAGGAGCUGUGGAUACUAUUUUCGCAGACGUUGCUCAACCCGAUCAAGCUCGUAUUGUUGCUCUUAAUGCUAAAUACUUUUUGAAGCCAGGUGGUCACUUUGUUAUUUCCAUCAAGGCUAACUGUAUAGAUUCCACGGUUGAGGCUGAAGUCGUAUUUGCUAGGGAAGUGGAACAACUCCAACAAUUUGGUUUUACUUGUGAAGAACAAUUGGAUUUGGAACCUUUUGAACGUGAUCACUGUAUGGUUGUUGGAACAUUGGCUUCUGGUAGCUCCAUAGAGUUUUAG